CACAAACCUCCUCUUUCACAUGGAAAUCGACUCGUUCCCAUUCAUGAACCUCGAAGAUUACUAUUCAUUCCAAGACAUGGAUCCCAAUUUCAUUGUGAACACAAAAAAGCGUCACAGAAAUGACAUCGAAGAUGCACCACCUCAAUGGAAAACCAACAACGACUACGCAUUAAACGAUAUACUCACUUCCCUCAUUCAAUUAGACCACAAACAGCAACAAGAAGAAGAAAAAAAACUCAUUGUCAUGGAUGAAUCAUCAAAGAAGAAGAUUGCUCGUCGCUCUUCAACUCCCAAAAUUGAAGACAAUUCCGCUCAACCGAGUUCUUCGGUGGGCCCACACCGCCGCUUAUGGGUGAAGGACCGCUCCAAAGACUGGUGGCAACGCUGUAGCCACCCGGAUUUUCCGGAAGACGAGUUCCGAAGGUCUUUUCGAAUGAGCAAAGCGACUUUCGAACUGAUUUGCAACGAACUCGAAUCUGCCGUUACGAAGAAGAACACAAUGCUGCGUGACGCCAUCCCCGUUCGCCAGCGCGUGGCCGUUUGCAUAUGGAGGCUCGCCACCGGUGACCCUCUUCGCAUCGUUUCAAAACGCUUUGGAUUGGGCAUAUCCACGUGUCACAAGCUCGUUCUCGAGGUCUGUUCCGCUAUUAGAACUGUUCUGAUGCCCAAGUUCCUUCAUUGGCCUACCGAUGAUGGUAACAUGAAUUUGAUAAAGCACGAGUUCGAGUCCCUUUUUGGAAUCCCUAAUGUUGGUGGCGCAAUGUACACUACCCAUCUUCCUAUUAUUGCACCCAAGUCCAAUGUUGCUGAUUAUUUCAAUAAACGACACACCGAGAGGAACCAGAAGACUUCUUACUCGAUUACUGUUCAGGGGGUGGUUAACCCAAAAGGGGUUUUCACUGAUGUGUGUAUUGGUUGGCCUGGUUCUAUGUCUGAUGAUCAGGUUUUGGAGAAAUCUGCUUUGUAUCAGAGGGUAAGCAGGGGAAGUUUGAAGGAUGUUUGGGUCGUUGGCAAUUCUGGGUACCCUCUUAUGGAUGGGAUUUUGGUUCCUUAUACGCAUCAGAAUCUUACUUGGACUCAGCAUGCUUUUAAUGAGAAGGUUGGUGACAUUCAGAACAUUGCAAAGGAUGCUUUUGCUAGGUUGAAAGGUAGGUGGUCUUGCUUGCAGAAGAGGACAGAGAUGAAGCUCGAGGAUUUGCCUGUGGUUCUUGGUGCUUGUUGUGUUUUGCAUAAUAUUUGUCAGAUGAGAGAAGAGCAAAUGGACCCUGACUGGAACUUUGAACUCUCUGAUGAUGCCAUGGUUGCUGAGAACCCCAUACGUUCUGCCACUUCAGUGCAGGCUAGGGAUAAUAUUGCUCACUUUUUGCUACACCAUGGCCGUGCAGGCACUUCUUUCUUGUAGUCCUUUUUUCUGUUUUCUGUCAAGUGUACUCUGAUUUUGUCAUUCUUUUGGCUAUGGCUUAUCAUUAUAGUCAUGCACUAUACUAG